AGGUUUCCAUGAAGAUAAACAAUUGAAAUGUGGAUAGCCUAUUUGUAGUUUGGUGGUGGUUGUCAUCUGGAACCUGCUGGUGUCUCCUCCGAGUAGUUGGUGUAACGUUGGCUGCUGAGAGCCAUGAAGGUUGUACCAGAGAAGAAUGCUGUCCGCAUCCUGUGGGGUAGGGAACGGGGUACCCAAGCCUUGGGUGCUCAGCGGCUCCUGCAGGAGUUGGUGGAGGAUAAAACUCGAUGGAUGAAAUGGGAGGGCAAGAAAGUUGAGUUACCAGACAGUCCACGCUCCACCUUCUUGCUGGCGUUUAGUCCAGACAGGACCCUAAUGGCUUCCACACAUGUGAACCACAAUAUCUACAUCACAGAGGUGAAAACGGGCAAGUGUGUUCAUUCCUUGGUUGGACAUCGCCGCACUCCCUGGUGUGUCACCUUCCAUCCCACCAUCCCGGGCCUCAUUGCUUCAGGAUGUCUAGAUGGGGAGGUUAGAAUUUGGGAUUUACACGGUGGAAGUGAGAGCUGGUUCACAGAUAGCAACAAUGCCAUUGCAUCGCUUGCUUUUCAUCCUACGGCUCAGCUCUUGCUGAUUGCAACUGCCAAUGAGAUACAUUUCUGGGACUGGAGUCGUCGGGAACCUUUUGCAGUGGUGAAAACAGCCAGUGAAAUGGAGCGAGUCAGGCUGGUCCGGUUUGAUCCCUUGGGACAUUACUUGCUCACAGCAAUUGUUAACCCUUCUAACCAGCAGAGCGAUGAGGAAGUGGAAAUCUCCGUGGACAGCACAGAGAUGCCACAUUAUCGCCAGCGCGCUAUCCUUCCUUCUCAGCCUGUGAGGCGCACACCCCUCCUCCACAACUUCCUGCAUAUGUUGUCCUCCCGCUCCUCUGGCAUACAGGUGGGAGAGCAAAACAGUGUUCAAGACUCUGCUACCCCAUCCCCUCCACCGCCUCCACCACCACCACCUCCGCCUCCAGCCAGUGAGAACACAAGGGCAUCUGUCUAUAACAGGCUCCGGGAGCGUGUCAGCUAUCCCACAGCAGAGUGCUGCCAGCACCUGGGGAUGUUGUGCCUUUGCAGCCGAUGCUCUAGUGCAAGACUUCCUUCUUCUCUCUUCCCACACCAGGAAAACGCACCCUCCACGUCUUCUGGGGCCACUGGCACUUCCUUCUCCUCUGUGCAGACAGAGCCUUACCAACCCCCAGAGCAGGCAUCCGUAGCGCAGGAGGAGCAGGGGAUACUUAACAGGCCCUCUGCUUUCAGCACAGUUCAGAGCAGCACUGCUGGCAACACCCUGCGCAACCUUAGCCUGGGCCCCACACGGCGGUCCCUCAGCGGGCCCUUGGCAGGCCACCAGUCCCGGUACCAACAGUCUGCGAGAGAGAUGGCUUCAGGCUUAGGUGGGUCUGACUGGUCCAGGACAGUGCUGAACAUGAGCUCUCGCUCAGAGCUGGAAGCCAUGCCUCCCCCUAGGACCAGUGCCUCCUCUGUGAGCUUGCUGUCGGUGCUGAGGCAGCAGGAGGGAGGUUCCCAGGCAUCAGUCUAUACCUCUGCAACAGAAGGGAGGGGCUUUCUGGCCCCAGGGGCUGAGGCGGACAGUGGUAGUAGCGCUGGCCCGAGCAAUCCAGCCAGCAUCCGUAAUGAGCUCCAGUGUGAUUUGAGGCGAUUCUUCCUGGAAUAUGACCGGCUUCAGGAGUUAGAUCAGGGGAUUGGUGGGGAGUCCAGCCAGUCGCAACAGGCUCAAGAAAUGCUCAACAACAACAUUGAGCCUGAUCGGCCGGGUCCCUCCCAUCAGCAGACUCCACACAGCAGUGAAAACAAUUCCAUUUUGUCCCGGGUUUACAGCCAGUCGGCUUCAAGCAGACCUGGGAAUGUAUCACAGGAGGCCUUAAACCAGGAAAUGCCUGAGGAAAGCUCAGAGGAGGAUUCCCUCAGGAGGAGGUUGCUGGAGUCUUCCCUCAUUUCAUUAUCUCGCUACGAUGGAGCAGGGUCCCGGGAACAUCCAAUCUACCCAGAUCCAGCCAGGUUGUCUCCUGCUGCAUAUUACGCGCAGAGGAUGAUCCAGUAUCUUUCCCGGAGGGACAGUAUUCGACAACGCUCUAUGCGAUACCAACAAAACCGUCUCCUCUCUUCCUCCUCCUCUUCUUCCACUUCAGAGAACUCAAGCCCAGCUGUAGACGGAAAUGAUCUGGAAUUUGAAGAUUUUGAGGACAAUGGAGACCGAUCCAGGCACCGAGCUCCCCGGAAUGCCCGCAUGUCUGCGCCAUCGCUGGGGCGCUUUGUCCCGAGACGCUUCUUGCUGCCAGAGUACUUGCCUUAUGCCGGGAUUUUCCAUGAACGGGGACAGCCUGGCUUGGCCACCCAUUCCUCUGUCAACAGGGUUUUGGCAGGUGCUGUGAUUGGGGAUGGACAGUCAGCUGUGGCCAGCAACAUCGCCAACACAACCUACCGGCUCCAGUGGUGGGACUUCACUAAAUUUGAUCUGCCUGAAAUCAGCAAUGCCUCUGUGAACGUGCUUGUUCAAAACUGCAAGAUUUACAAUGAUGCUAGCUGCGAUAUCUCUGCUGAUGGGCAGCUGCUGGCAGCCUUCAUUCCCAGCAGUCAAAGAGGCUUCCCUGAUGAGGGAAUACUGGCUGUGUAUUCUCUGGCACCCCACAACUUGGGCGAGAUGCUUUACACAAAGCGAUUUGGCCCUAAUGCCAUUUCUGUGAGCCUGUCUCCAAUGGGCAGAUACGUAAUGGUGGGACUGGCUUCCCGACGUAUCCUGUUGCACCCCUCCACAGAACACAUGGUUGCUCAAGUCUUCAGGCUGCAACAGCCCCACGGUGGAGAAACCUCUAUGAGGAGAGUUUUCAACGUUCUGUACCCAAUGCCUGCCGACCAGAGAAGACACGUCAGCAUAAACUCUGCUCGCUGGCUGCCUGAGCCAGGCCUGGGAUUGGCAUAUGGCACCAACAAAGGGGACCUGGUGAUUUGCCGACCAGAGGCCUUAAACUCUGGAGUUGAGUACCACUGGGACCAGCUGAAUGAGAACGUCUUCGCUGUGCAUUCCAGCAGCAGGAACACUGAGCGGCCUGGAACCAGCAGAGCCACAUGGAGGACAGACAGGGACAUGGGCCUGAUGAAUGCCAUAGGCCUGCAACCCCGAAACCCCCCCACCUCUGUGACUUCGCAGGGUACCCAGACCUUGGCGCCUCAGCUGAAAAAGACUCAGACAGAGAGGGAGGUACAGGAGCAGGAAUCCGCCUCUGCAGGGACUGGGGAAGGUGAAGGUCCAGAAUAUGGGGCCAGUGGGGAGGAUGCCCUGAGUAGGAUCCAAAGGCUGAUGGCAGAAGGUGGCAUGACCGCUGUGGUCCAGCGGGAGCAGAGCACCACCAUGGCAUCUAUGGGCGGCUUUGGCAACAACAUCAUUGUGAGCCACCGGAUCCACCGCAGCUCUCAGACUGGUGCAGAGUCCACUGGAGUUGAGGGCACAUCAGCACAGCAGUCCACCUCACAGCAGCUGGCAGCUGAGUUGGAGGGACGGAUCCUUUCAGAGUCUAUGCAGCUGUCAGAGCAUGGCCUGAGCCCGCGGACAGCCCCUGGCGGGAGUGAAGGACAAAGCGCUGGUGAUCUGGACCUGCCAGAGCAGGCCCAGUCCUCCAUGGACACUGAGGGACCAAUUGAAUACAGUGACCUAACUAAUAAUAACCAUCUUCCUGACAGUACCAACUUCUAUAGUGAUGACAGCACCAGUGGGGAGUCGCGGAACAGGUAGAGAUUGAGUUGUGUGUUGGUACUACCCUUGUACUGCUCAGCAGAGACCUGUACCUCACAGCUGGCCAGGAGCUGGAAGAGUAGCGACAUGUGGCUCUGACAGGAUGCUGGUGGUUCAGAGGGCUUCUCUAUCCUGGGUGAGUGGGAGGGGAUAAGGACUGCAAGGGAAGCCAUGGGGAAGAAAGCAUACUUAACUUCCAACAUUCCCACUGCUGAAGAGUUAACAGGAAUAUGAACCAUACUGGCUGCACAUCAUGCAGAUUUUGAAGCCCCAUGGGAUCCCCUGAGCUCGGCCCUAACCCUGCAAUUCGGUCAGUGUCAUCCUUUGUAAAGCUUCUUUCCUUUCCUCUUUCCUGCCCUUUUAUGCUCAGGGGCUGAUCAGUAGAGUGAAGAAAGGGAAGAGGGCCUGCAGCAUCCUUCUGGAGACAGGCAGUCCUACUGGGCAAACCUGGGCGUGAUGCUCCAGCUCCAUUGCUGGAGUGGAGGAGUCUUCCAGGCCACAGUCCUGCUCUGUGGCACAGCACUGCUCCCCCCUCAGAGUGUGGUGUUCUGAGACCCGUCUCUGCCUGUGCUGUGGUCUUUUCUGGGAAGAACUGGGCUUUGCCAAAACCUGCAUGGCUCAGGAGCUGCUCACUGGUGGGGAUCUUCCCUUUUUAGAGAGUUAGUUUAGCACUUGGCAGGAACCUAAGCAGAGCUGCUGUAUGGGAAGAGGGACAGGGGCUACUGCUCUCUAGUCAGGAUGCAGUUCAUGCGAGGAUGUUCUAAGCUGUGCCAAUAUUAACAGGAAUGAACUAUCCCAGUGGUUUCAUGGUGCCAUGAGCUGCACCUCCUUGGCAGGGGGCAGGAAAUGUCUUUCAGCUCUAGGCCAGGAUGUGAGGUAUGGGUCUGUGAUGUAAGGUGUUGCAUGUGAAAUCUUGACCUUGUACAUGUAGUUUCUAGUGGAGAAAUCAAGGCUCUGAUAUUUUGUUUUUAGUCUCAAAUGUGAUUUUCCUUUUCGUUUGUAACUCUCCAUCCCUAGCAGGCUUGUGGAGGAAGGACGGGGAGAGCGUGAGUGCUAACGAGGGAAACACCAAAGAUCAAUGUCAUUAAAAUAUGACA